AUUAUUUUAUUUAUUGUGAAAAUACGAAUUAAUUAUUUUUAUGUUGUUUUCGAUUCAAAUUUGUGUUGUUUUUAUUUACCAAAGAUGUCAACGCUUCUAAGCCGCAAGAAUCACCUUUAUUUAUUUUAUUUAUUGUGUGAAGAAAUAAAUUAAUUGUUUUUGUAUCGUUUUCGAUGCAAAAUUCGUUUCUUUUUAUCCGCUAAAGAUGUCAGAUGAUCCCAUUGAGAAGCCUUUUCUGGUCGAGAUAGCAAAGCAGGGGCGCGCUGUGUGUAAAAAAUGCAAACAGAAGUGUCUCCAGGGCGAGUUGCGCAUCGCCAAGUUAGUUGCCAACCCUUUCGGGGACGGAAAAAUGAAAAACUGGUAUCAUGUCCCCUGCAUUUUUGAAGUUUUCUCAAAGCAGAGGCCUACAACUAAACGCAUUGAUGAUCCUGGUGAUGACAUCGCCGGUUGGGAUUCCCUGGAUGAUGAAAAUCGGAAUGACAUUUCACGGCGUGUGGAGGAAUGUAACAAUCAUUUUGGGGUUAAACCGAGCCCGAAAAAGCCCCCACAAGAGGCAAAACCGAGCACUAGUAGCACGGACCCCAUCCCCCACUUUGACCCGUCACACAAAGACAACCAAUUUCGCGAAUUCCGAAGAGUUGUAGCUGAUAUUAGCAACGUCAGUAGUUAUCUUGAAAAGACAAGCAUUGUUGGUAAAAUGUUGACAAAAGGGAGCGAUGGUACGGGUUUUAAGGGCGAUAUUGUCCUCUGGUGCCGUUUACUCCUCCCCGGUGUCGUCAAACGCAUUUACAACCUUCAAAGUAAACAAUUGGUGAAGUUGUUUAGUAAGAUUUUCCAGUGUGAUCAAGACGCAAUGUUGGAGCAUUUGGACCAAGGCGAUGUCAGUGAGACGAUUCAGGUGUUUUACGAAAGGAGCAAAGCGUUUAAACCGGCGAAAAAAAGUACUUUGAGUCUCCAACAAGUCGAUUUGUUCCUCGACGAACUCACGAAUUUGACCAAAGAGGAGGAACAAAUGACACAUUUGAAGUCAUUUGCCUCAAAAUGCACUCCAAAUGACUUGAAAAUUGUUGUAAGAUUGAUCAAACAUGAUCUACGGAUGAAUGCAGGGGCGAAACAUGUCCUAGAUGGGGUACAUCCUGAUGCUUAUCAAGCCUUCCAGUCUUCGAGGGAUAUCAAGACUGUGAUUGGGCGUUGUUUGAAAGACAAGGGGGCUAAAGCUAGGAUCGUGUUAAUGACUCCGGUGUUGCCCAUGCUUGCGGAAGCUUGCAAGUCAGUGGAGCAAGCAAUGAAGAAGUGCCCCAAUGGAAUGUACUCGGAAAUUAAAUAUGAUGGGGAGAGAGUCCAAGUGCAUAAACAAGGAUCAGAUUUUAAGUACUUUUCGAGGAGUUUAAAACCGGUAUUGGCACACAAAGUGGCACAUUUCAAAAACUACAUCCCCCAGGCGUUCCCACAUGGGAGGGAUUUGAUCCUUGAUAGUGAAAUUUUGAUGAUUGAUACUCAAACUGGUAGACCACUCCCGUUUGGUACUUUGGGGGUGCACAAAAAAUCGGAGUUUAAAGACGCCAGUGUGUGUCUUUUCGUCUUUGAUUGUAUCUACUACAAUGGGGAGAUCCUCACCGAUAAACCCAUUUCGUUGAGGAAGAAAAUCCUGAAAGAGAACAUGACUGAAAUCCCCAACCAUAUAGUCUUCUCAGAAAUGGAGGAAAUCCACGAUCCUAAAGACUUGACUCAAAUGAUUGCUAAAGUACUCAAAUUGGGGCUUGAAGGUUUGGUACUCAAAGACCUAACAAGUGUUUAUGAGCCGGGUAAACGACAUUGGCUCAAAGUCAAGAAGGAUUACCUCUUCGGGGGGGCUAUGGCCGAUAGUGCUGAUUUGAUAGUCCUAGGUGCGUGGUACGGUACUGGGAAAAAAGGGGGCAUCAUGUCGAUUUUCCUAAUGGGGUGCUAUGACGCCCCCAAUGAUCGAUUUUGCACCGUUUCGAAAGUAUCAACAGGACAUGAUGAUAAAACCCUUGAAAGGUUACAAUCCGAGCUUGAUAUGGUCAAAAUCACGAAAGUACCCGAUUGGUUACAUUGCACCAAAACAAUGGUACCGGAUUUCGUAGCACGUGACCCGAAAAAACAACCCAUUUGGGAGAUUACAGGGGCGGAAUUCACCCAACAUGAGGUGCACACGGCCGGUAUUUCGAUCAGAUUCCCUCGAGUUACCAAGAUAAGGGAUGAUAAGAGUUGGGAAUCGGCCACUUCCCUUCAAGAACUCAAAAUACUCUACACCAAAUCGAAGGAAAACACUGAUAUUAGUUUGCUGUUAAAUAGAGAGGAGGAUCCUCAACCCUCAAACUCAAACAAAAAACACACUGAAUCUCACAAAAAAAGGGGUCUUGAGGAUCCUCAACCUUCAAACUCGAAGAAAAUCAAAACAGAACACAAAACUGUCAAAAUAAGAAAUCCUCUACCGGAUUAUUUCCACGAUAUUAAAGCACUCUUGGAUGAGGAAGUGAGAGAAAAGCAAUGGGACCUAAUUAGGCACUUUGUUGCAUAUGGUGGUCAAAUCUGCAAAAAUGGGGAAAAUGCCACCCAUAUGGUGCAUUUAAACAAUAUGGUACCCAAAAUUUUGAAGUGUGGUUCAGACGUGAAACAUGUAACAACUGAAUGGAUUAAAAAUUGUAUAAUUAAGGAAAGUAUUUGUGAUUAUAGACCGUUUAUUGUACACUGGAAGCCCACUCAAUAAAUAAAAUCUCA